AUUUGCGUUAUCUGUGCAUUUUCCUCUCGAUUGUCAUGGUGUCUAAAGGUUGAUUUUGUUUUUAUUUAUUAGAUUUUCAUUCAUACAAACGAUACUAUCAUCCCCUCGAAACGUAAACAUGAACAGAUUAAUUUUGAAUCCGUGCCGGUGCUUAAAAAGAUCAACUCUGAAAUGGGAAAUCAAAGAGUAUCAGUAUUUUUCACAUGUAAGACAUGCAAGGACACUGUCAUAUGCUAUCCAGCCAGGUGAGCCUCUUUUUGGCUGUACAGAGCGGCCAUUGAAUGCCAGAGUGUUGUACACUCCACUCUACUUCAGAGGAAUAGCCACAAGCUCAUGCCACUACGAAAAGGAACCGCUUAAACCUUCUUCAAAAGUCGAAGCAGCAGUUGAAAGUAUAAAGAAAGGUAUAGCUGAAAAAGAGAAACUCCCAGUGAAGGAAGUACCGAAGAAAAGUAUAGGGGAACACAUCAUGGCUGAGCUCAGGCAUUAUGCAUAUGGUUUUAAACUACUCUUCAUUGAAAUCAGGAUCUCAACAGGUUUAUGCUUUAAGAUUCUAAGAGGCAAGUCAUUAACUCGGCGAGAGCACAAGCUACUCAUCACUACAAUCGGAGACUUAUUCAGAAUGGUACCAUUUAUAGUAUUUGUCAUUGUGCCCUUUCUAGAAUUCUUGCUGCCAGUAUUCAUAAAAGUGUUCCCUAACAUGUUGCCAUCCACAUUUGAAAGCAAAGAUCAGAAAGAAACGAAAAUGAAACAGCACUUGAAAGUUAAGUUGGAAAUGGCUAAGUUUUUCCAAGAGACACUGGAUCAGAUGGCCCCUCAGGCGAGUAAUAGGCACUCAACACUCGCAAAAGAAUUUCAGACCUUCUUCACGAAAGUCAGAACUACUGGUGAUGUGGCCACUAGUGAGGAAAUAAUGAAAUUCUCAAAGCUAUUUGAAGAUGAAAUCACAUUAGAUUCACUUCAGCGGCCACAUCUUAUUGCACUUUGCAAAGUGUUAGGAGUGACUUCUAUCGGUACAAGUGCCAUGCUACGGUGGAAUCUAAGGAUGAAGUUGCGGUCUCUGGCUGCCGAUGACAAAAUGAUAGCUAAAGAAGGUGUGGACAGCUUAAACUUCAGCGAGUUGCAACAGGCGUGCCAAGCACGUGGAAUGAGAGCUUACGGUGUGUCAGAAGAGCGCCUUAGGAAGGAAUUAAGAAACUGGCUAGACUUGUCACUGAACGAAAAAGUUCCGCCAUCACUCUUGCUGCUGUCCAGAGCGUUGAUGGUGCCAGAACAUGUGCCCACAACAUAUAAGUUGAAGGCUACUAUUUCAGCACUGCCAGACUCUGUUGUGAUGCAGACUAAGGCUGCCAUUGGAGAGAAGGAAGGCAAAAUUGACUUCAAGGCUAAAGUGGAAUCCAUCAAGCUUGAAGAACAGAAAAUCAAAGAAGAACAGGCCGAGAUGCUUGAAGCUGAGAAAGAGAAACAAAUACUGGAAGCAAAGAAGAGAGAGAAGGAAGAACUCAAAGACAAAGCCCCCGUACUUGAUAUUGAAAAAGAAGCUGUGGCCAAGGAUGAGGCAAAGGUGCUGAAUGUGGAUAGUCCUAAACCCGCGGAGGAGGGUCUGUCUGGCAAGGAUAUUGAAGUCAUUGAGGAUGCUUUAGAAAAAUUAGCUGAACAGAAGAAAUCCCUGCUCCUCGAGAAGGAGAGCAUCCAAGACCUGAAGUUGGAGCUCUCCGAGUACAGCGAGGAUGUCAAGGAGAUGCAGGAGAUCGUCAAGACCAAGCAGGCAGACAUCAAGGUCUCCAAGGGUGCUAGAAGACUAUACAAAGCGGUGAACAACAUGAUCAGCAAACUGGACUCUGUACUAGCCGAGCUUGAGAGCAAAGAGAAAGCGCUCCAGAAAACCCUGGAACAGACCAAGUCCGAGCCGCAGAAGGCCAAGGAACAGCUGAUCCAUAUUGAUGAACUGAUGCAUUCCAUUAAGAGUCUACAGAAGGUGCCGGAUGAGGCCAAGCUGAAGCUGAUUCAGGAUGUUUUGGGGAGGUUGGACGAUGAUUUUGACGGGCAGUUGAAGGUCGAUGACGUUUUGAAGAUGGUUGAAAUAAUAGGGAACGAGAACGUGAACCUGUCAGAGAAGCAGGUGCAGGAGCUUAUCGAGCUCCUCGACAAGGAGGAGAUUCUAGAAGUAGAGAGCAAGAUACAGAAGGCGCUGGACAAGGCCGCCACAGCGGAGAAGGUGCAGAACAUUGAAGCACUGGAAGCUAGCAAGGUGAGUUUGAUACUGUUGGACUAGGAGGAGGUUCUAGAAGUAGAGAGCAAGAUACAGAAGGCGCUGGACAAGGCCACUACAGCGGAGAAGGUGCAGAACAUUGAAGCGCUGGAAGCUAGCAAGGUGAGUUUGAUAAAGAAAAAGAUUGAACUGCUGGGCUAGCAGGAGGUUCUAGAAGUAGAGAGCAAGAUACAGAAGGCGCUGGACAAGGCCGCCACAGCGGAGAAGGUGCAGAACAUUGAAGCACUGGAAGCUAGCAAGGGUUUAUUCGACUUAAUCCGAGAAGCACAGAAGCGACGGGAGAUGAAAAAAGCAGUGGAGAAGUUCAGCGACCAACCCUCGAUCCCCAAGAGCGAAGACAUCGUCACCAAGACCACCAAACCAGAGGACAGCAGUAAACGGCCCGAGAGCCACUGAAAACUCAACCCUAGGAAUAUUAGAGUAAAGUUGUAAAUACUGUGGCUGUCGGUGGCGUUUACGUCUUAUGCUAGUCGAGCGACCAGCAGAAAUGACGAUCCCAUCAAUAAUUAUUGAGAAUAUAGGGCAUAGUUCGUCUAAGCUGACUUUACGACGAAUAGAACAAAGUGAGGGAGUGUCAUUAUGAACGUCAUAUUUUCAUAGAAAUUUGACAAGUGUAAUGUACUGUUAUAUAAUGUUUCCCUAAUGACAAUAAGCAUUUGUAUACAUGUAAUCGAAUACUGCAUGUAAAUAUUUACAUAAUGCCUAUUCCGUUUCGCACCGUACAAACUUUUUUUUUCAGAUUUUUAUUUAUUUCCCGUUUCAUUAUUUAUAAAAUUCUAUUUUAUUGUUUAUGCAUUUCUGUGAUUGCUGUUGUAAGUUUUGUGUUGUGUAUAUUAACGCUGGAACAGCGCUGCACAAAUUGUAUGUAUGUACGUAUUCGAGUUUUGAUCGGCACCGGUCCACAUUAUCAGUAAUUGGGAUUUACUUCAAGUAUAAAACAUCUCGCAAGUUGCAUUUAAAAUGUGACGGAUUUGUGUAUAUAAAAUAUAUAGAGGAUUAAUUUUAUAUGUUUUCAAAACUGGUUUCAUAACCCUGUAUCACGUGAUUGUUGGCUGUCUAUAAUUUAAGCUAUCACGACCCUAUCUGCACAUCUAAUGCAGAUAUUAACACAACUAAUAUACAUUUAUAUGAAAUAUCUUGUUCUAAAUCUAAAACAACUAUUGUCAGGUAUAAAAAAUAUAGUGAUUUCAAUGUUAUAGCUAGUUCAUUUGUCUGUACUCAUUAGAUGUGCUGAGAAUCGAACUUACUUAUGUUAAAGUAAGAGAAUAAACAGAUCAUUAUAUGAA